CGGGAAAACGCCUUGGCUUCGCUAUUGCACCGCCCAAGCAAGCUGGACAGAAUUAUCCAUGGAGCAAAUUAGGCGAAAGUGACGUCACCCACUUCUUUCUCGGCGAAGAGCGUGACUACAUCAACCGCGGCCCACACGGUGAGGUAUGGCGACAAAGUCAGUCAUCUCUGUCCAAGUGAGAGCAGUGCUCUGAUUGCCUAACGAGACCGAGAAAAGACGAGAAUAAGAGUAAGAAACUGGAGAGGUUUGAGAGGGUAGGACCGUGCCCCAAUAUGGCACGACUCCACUCAUGGAACUCCGACAAUCACUACACUAAGUGACUGCGUGGCCGUCUUUCUUGUGCAGGGCCGGCCUGUGGCUGUGAGUCAAGAGAGUAGUAACAUCUACAUCGAACAGGCCUCGGGCUUCCUUAAGGUUUACUCACUGUUCUUACCGUAGCAGAGAUGACGGGACUCCUUCACAUGAGCGAGGCUUCGCGAUCUUUCCAGAUGUGAGAGUAUAUGAGAGGUUUA